AUGUUUCAGACAACACUAGACGAAGCCACAGAUCCAUGGGGCGUGAAAGUGGAACGGGUCGAGAUGAAAGACGUCAGGCUUCCACUACAAUUGCAAAGGGCUAUGGCGGCUGAGGCUGAAGCAGCUCGAACAGCACGAGCUAAGGUGAUCGCAGCCGAAGGCGAACAAAAGGCCUCUUUUGCACUGAGGCAAGCGGCAAACGUAAUUUCCGAAUCGCCUUCAGCUAUUCAACUACGUUAUUUACAAACGCUCAAUUCAAUUAGGUGA